AUGGAUCAUGAAUCUGGACAUCUUAAAGGGCCUUCUUCAUUGUUAUCACCUGUAUAUUUGGAAGGAAAGAAUUUAGUGAAAAACAAACUUUUAGAUGAACCUUUCACUAAAACUUCAUCAGCUUCCAAUACACUUUCUUCGCUCUCAUUAAAUAACAAAUCAUUAAAAUCAUCCAUCAGUCUAUCAUACACAGGUUCAGUCCUACAUUGUGAUCACGAAGUAACAGUCAGACCUAAUGAUAAGCAUCAUGUGGAGAGAAGAACAAGUGUUCCAAGUUCACUUAAAUCAACUCCUAUCGACUGGUUAAACGACGCUAUAAUCAAAAUUUCAGAUACUAGUUUUCAAAAUAUACUAGAAUGUACGGUUGAUGAUUCUAUGAAAAGCAAUUCUAUUCCUAAUACAUUUGGUAAUUUACUGACAUACGAACGCAGAGAUACCUACAAACAGCUGAAACUAGAGUUAAUUAGCUGCAUAUCCUCCUCUAUAGUCGAUGGCAGUCCAUCUAAAGAAAAGAAAAUUGUUUUGGGACAAUCAAUUCACUCUUGUAUUGAUAAAGAUCCAGAAUUUAUACUUAAAGCAGCUUUGUAUUGCCGUAGAGAGUUGAAUAUACGUACAACAACCAAUAUAUUAAUAGCUGUUGCUAGCUGUAAUGAGCAGUCUCGAUCUUUUAUUAAGAAGUACUUUUCUUCUUGUAUUCGCACACCGUCAGACUGGAUAGAGGUUGCCGAAUACUAUGCAAUGAUAAGUGGCAAUCCAAGUUUGAAAGGUAUGCCAAAAGUCUUACGGAAUAGUAUGACAUCAAAGUUCCUUGAAUUUGAUCAGUACCAACUUGCUAAACAUUCCAAACCCAGAGCAAGAGCUAAUCGUUCAAAGAAAUCGAAGGCUCUGAAAAGAAGCCAAAGUGGUGUAGUAGUCAAUACGGAUAUCGAUGCCAUUAUAUAUAGCUUGGCACACUCACCUCGUAUAUAUUUUACAAUAAAGGAGCUUAUUCGUAGAUUGCAUAUAUCAAGGCCCAAGUUCAACGUUAUGUGCGUUCUGGGAAAACCUUACCCAUCGGAUAGUACUGAUUUUAUUCGUAUGGGACUGGAAGGAGAUUGGGAUUCAUCUAAAGCAGGUACAUGUAUGAAGUUUCCUAUUCCUGUUACAUGGGAAACAGAAUUAUCAGUCAAUGGAAACAAUUCAGAUUCUUGGUCAAAACUUAUAACUUUAAACAAAGUCCCACAUAUGGCGAUGUUAAGAAAUCUGCGCAAUAUUCUGAUGUCCGAUAUUCAAGAUGGUCUUCAUGAGAUAGUCUUAAAGAGGCUUACAGAUCCUCGUAUUAUUAUAGAAGGGAAGCAGUUUCCGUUCCGUUAUUUCUCGGCUUUUGAUACUCUUGAAAAGUGUGAACGCAGAUUAACUUUUCAACAAUCUGUAUACCGUGUCGAACUUAUACAAGUAAUGAAACGUAAGAAAAAAACACCUAGGGUAUUGAAAAAAUCGGAAUGGUUAGCGAAACACUUGAGAUUGUUUACCGGAAAGUGGCUCUUUUGCAAUCACAACACUUUGAACCGAUAUAAAAAUGCGUUAAAUACCGCUUUAGAAUUAUCAAUGAAGCAUAAUUUGCCACCAAUAUGUGGUUCAACAUUAAUUAUAUGUUCUACUAGUAAAUAUAUCAAUCCUUCUAAAAAUAGAUCAUCGAAAUCUUAUAUACAAAUUCUAGGUUUCCUUCUUGGCGCAAUGUGUACGUCGAUAUGUGAAACACCUACAACCUAUGUUACAGUUGAUGAUCAAUACAAUUUAACCCCAAUUGAAGUUGUAUUCAGAGAAAAACGGACUUUAAAUAAUGGCGACUCGAAACAUAACGAAUCUCUAUCUAAACAUAAAAAUAUGGGCAUUCUAGAAAGAACAAAGCAAAUGUAUGAAACACGUGGUUCACUUAUAUCUACUCCAGUUACGACAGUUUUUGAGAAACUCUAUGCUUAUCGGAAGCAGUUUGAUAAAAUUGUUAUCUUUGGCGAUUGUCAUAAGGAAAUUGUUGAUUAUGUUAUAAAUUAUCGGACAUACGUUGGGCCAUUGAAAGCAAUCUGGGGAAAUUUGAGUGGUGAAGACAUAUGGCCAAAAUCAUGUAGUAAAGAUGGUUGGAUUGAAUUCAAAGGGUGUACAGAUCAAAUUCUACGUUAUAUUGCUGAACCAAAUGAAGAUAAAUUGCUUGAACGUAUUGAGAAAAUGGAUGAAGUCUAUGGAUUAAAUAAGAAUAUUUCACAUCACUUUAAUUUAAAAACAAAAAUACAAGAAAAUCCUGAUAAUAGUAUAUUAUCGAAACGUGAUUACUUUAGAUCAGGAUGGAAAUGUUGUCAGUUGUUUAUUUCAUCUACAUUUCGUGAUAUGCACGCUGAACGUGAUCUAUUAUGUGGUAUACUUGUACCUGCUUUACGUAGGAAUGUUGCAUUAGGUUUACGUGUACAUUUAAAUGAAAUCGAUUUACGUUGGGGUGUUCCUGAACCAGCUACAUACAAUUCACAAGCACUACAGAUAUGUUUAGAACAAGCGGCUGCUAGUGAUAUUUUUGUUCUGUUAUUGGGCGAUCGUUAUGGUUGUAUACCAGACGAAGCUGUAGUUAUGUCAUUACCUGAAUCAUUAUUAUCUGAAGUGUGUAAAUUUUAUAAACCUGGAAUGUCUAUGACUGAAAUGGAGUAUCAUAUGGCUAGACAUGCCGCCAUAUCUAAAGUCCCUAUUCAUGAAAGACGACAGCAGAAUACAGUAAGUUUUCAUGAGGCAAUACGUCUUCGAAUUUGUGUUUUCAUUAGAGAUUCAGCAUCUAUAGAAAAUGUACCAGAUGAAUUGAAAGAUUGUUUUGAAGAGUAUGAUGUUGAAAAACGUAAUCGUCUUAACGCCUUCAAAGAAUUAAUUCGUAAUGAUGGUGUUAUUGUUGGUCAUAAUUAUUCAGCUCAAUUCAAUGGUUUAAUAAAUAAUUAUCCAAUAAUGGGAAAUUUAGAUGAAUUCGGAAGUCAAUUUUUUACAACAGUUAAAUCUUUACUUCUACGUCUAUUUCAUAAUGAUAGUGAUAGUACUCCAUUUUUUCAGGUAUAUAAUAGUGAUAAUAAUUUGCCUAUAACUGUUAAUAAGUCAUUGAAUACUAUUGAAUUCUUACGAGAAUAUGUUUAUUCAGCUGCGUGUGCAAUUGGACCACGUCAUCUACUGGAAGUAGAACAAGCUUUUAAUGCAUUAACUGAACGUGGUCAUCGAGUUCAUCUGGCUCGUGCAAUUCAAUCAACUGAAAAGAAAUUAAGUGUACAAAACAAUCCAAGCUAUUCGAUAAAUCUUCAAGGUUGUGAUGGUGGUAUCCUUUUAAUUGUUGGACCGAAUGGUAGUGGGAAAACUACCUAUUUAUUCAAUAUUCAGUGCUUUGCACGUUUCAUACAAUUUAUUGGUUACUUAAAUGAUAUACAAUUUGCCUUUUUAAUUGAUGACUGUGAUCAGUUGGAACCAAUGACCUUAGAAUGGUUACCACAAAUUUUACCCAAGAAUGUUCGAUUCGUUUUAACAUGUGAUUCCAAAUCAUCAAUUGCUCGUAGUUUGUGCAAUCGAAUUGAUUGCCAACUAUUAACUGUAUCCGGAUUAACUACACACGAACGUGGUGCAGCUGUUCGUAGUUUACUUGGAAAAUAUGGAAAAGUUUUAAGUGAAUCCGGUUUUCGAAAUCAGUUAUCUGUUUUAAUUCAAAAACGAGAAGCAAGUAUUCCACUUUAUUUGAAAUUGGCUUGUGAUGAAUUACGUUUGUACAGUAAAUAUGAACAGUUGGAUGCAAAAUUAAAACAACUGCCUGAUACAAUAUCCAGUUUAGUGAUAGAUGUUGUCAAACGAGUUGAAUGUAGUUGUGGAUCAGAUUUAACUCGCAUUACACUUGGUCUACUUACUUGCUGUCGUCAACCAUUGUCAACAGAAGAACUACAUAAUUUAAUUGAUGGAUGGUUAAUUGAAUCAUGGAUGGAACAACAGUUCAAAAAUGGUUAUACAGAUUGCUGGCAAGAUUUAAAAGUGCCAUUGGACAACCUUGAUGAUAUAAUAUCAAAUGAGAAGAUUAUUUAUCGAAUGAUCAAUGAUCAAUUUAAUAAUAAAAAUAAGCCUACAUUAUCUAAAGGACAACCACAUUUGCCGUCGCUUUUAUUGUAUAUCCUAUUAACUGGUCUUCAUCCUUUACUCUCUGGUUUCAUUGAUGAAAAAGCUGAUAUUGAUGAAAUCGACAAUGAAUUACCGCCUGAUGGUUCUUUGCAAACAAUAAAACAACAAAAGCUUGCUAUAUGGAAUCUUGGAUCAAGAGCAUUAUCAUUUAGCAGUCGUGAAAUACACAAUCUAGUCUAUGAUAUAUGUUUUAAUCAAUCAAAAUACAUUAUGGGUCAUGGAAAAUAUGAAUAUACUUUCAAAAAUAAUCAAACGAGGAAUUUUAACAAACGUGCAAAAUAUGAUGAAAGUAUGCCCGGUGAUAAAAUUCAUUUGAAGACAGUGACUCUUCAAACUAUACAUAAUAUUUUAGCUUCAAAAUUACGAAACAUGAAAGAUUUAAUUUAUCAUUUACAUCAUGCCGGUCGAUUAAAUGAAGUUGUUUGUUUACUCAGUAGUCCAGCGUUUCUUAUUCAUCAGAUUGAAUCUGGAUAUGGUUUGACAUUGCUAGACGAUAUGAAUAGAUACAUUACAACUACUGCACAUCAUCGAUCUGAACCGAACAAUAUUCCUACUUCAUUAGAUCUUAUGAAGGAUAAAAUUAUAACUAUGCAAAGGUUUCUUGCAUCGAAUUAUGAAUUUUUAAUUGAACAUCCGUAUUCAUUCGCUGAAUUGGCUAUCAAUCAAGAUGUUGACGAAUGGAUUCAUACAAUUGGAUAUGCAUGUUUACUUAGUUCAAAUUAUCAAGAGAAAAUCAAUGGUGACUCAUAUAAAAAAGUUUUCCGUAUUAAAUUAAGUACUAAUGACAUUCAAUCUAUCCUACCGAAAAUUAUUCAACCAAUUGCAAUUCAUAAACCAGUCACACCACUAACUGGUUCCCAAGAUAUCCCAAUCUCAAUUGGACUUGAUCGAACAGGUAAUUUAUUAGCUUAUGGGACUGAGUCUGGCACAGUUACGGUUGUCGAGGUUCAAUCAUUUAAGAUAUUAUGUUCAUUUCUUGGACAUAAUAUGCCAAUACUCAGUUUACGUUUUCUUGAUGAUUUUGCCUCUGACGGUUCUACGAUCAGACCAUACGGUAUGCCGAGUUCACAAUUAUGGCUAGUUAGUACUAGUCAGGAUGCUAGUAUACUUAUUUGGGAUUUAUCAAAUGUGAUAAACAGUAUUACAUGUGGAAUAGCAACUAGUAUCAGUUCCCAAGUGUCUUCUUUAAGUGGAUAUCAUCACAAACCUGUGACUGUAUCUGCUUGGCAUCCGAAACGUCGUAUUUUGGCUACUGGUGGUUUAGAUUGUUUAAUUUGUUUAUGGGAAGUUGGUGAAUUGGGAUUUGGGUCAUAUUUUACGUCGAAAUCAUCUGGUUGUAAAAAAAUUAAACCUAGUAAAAAGCUGAAUAUCAAAUCAUCGAUUAAUUCAAUUGCUUUUCGUUUACCGAAUUAUGCAUCGGAUAGUGAAAAAUCUAUUCCUUCUGAAUGUUUACGUGAUGUUAUGGCAGUGGGAUGUUGGGAUGGUUUUGUCCAUUUCUACAGUCUCAUAUCUAUGAAUUGGAUAAAGUCUCUUGCAGUCUCAACAUCUGCUAUUUGUUCACUGGUUACUCGCCGAAUGGUGGCAGACUGUCCAUGGAUUAACGUUAGUCGCAAUAAGAAAGAAAUGAAACGAACUAUAUUUGUCACAACCUAUACUAUUGACAUAAGUGGAAAGUAUAUCAUAAUUGGAUGGAAUGAUGGUCUCUUCACUAUUGUUCUAAUGACCAAUGGUGAUACUGUAUUCAGUUCGGAUAAAUUAACUCCUUUGAUAAACGAUAAUUCAUCUGUUGAAGCUAUCGCUUGUGGUAUUUCACCUUAUUGCGAUGAUGCUAAUCUUGUCGUUGUUGGCUGGUCAUCUGGUGCAGUUAGGAAUGUAGCUAUCUACAGUUAUGAUUCAAAUACUGCAAAAGUAACACUUCAAUACAUCAUACAUAAUGCUUCUAAAGAUUGGAUUAUAUCAUUGAAAUGGUCACAUAUUCCGCAUAAAAUGCAUGACAGAAAACUAACAUUACUUGUUGGAAGUAAUGAUCAGUCAAUUCAUCUAUAUAGAAUUAAAUCAAAGAAAUAUAAAUUGAAACAAACACUUGUUUCAUAUAAACUUGGCAUUAAAUCACUUGAUUUCAAUUAUCCUUAUAUUUUUUCUGCUACAUCUAAUGGUCAUAUAAGUGUAUGGCGAUAUGGUCGAAAUGAAAAUUUUGAACUUAUCAGUGAAAUGAUAAUAUCAUCACCGUUAGACACCUUGAACUCGAAUACAACCAAUGAGAAUGUAGUGAAUCUUAUUAAAGUUCAAUCAUUUGAAUAUACUCCUUGUUAUUAUUCAUCGAACAAUAAAAAUGUUAUCAAUUCUUACGAUGAACUAGAACCUCAUAAAAGUAAAGAUUCUGUGGUCGAUACUAUGGAUUCCAAUAAUAGUCCACGUUCAUUAUCGUCUAAUGAUAUUAAUAACAAUGAAGAUGACAGUUUACAGCAUCAGGAUAUUACGGAUGAAAAUCUAGUUAGCGACGAAGAAAGUGUGAAAGGAACUUCUGAUCAGUGCUGUUUAAAUAAUGAUGAAUUAAUGGACGAGGGUUCCGAUGAAACACCAAGUCAGUGCUCAGAGAAAGAUCUAAUGACUGUGAAUAAGUGUAAUAAUGUUGCUUUCAAUAGUGAUGAAUCAACAGGAUCUCAUAUUUUUGACAAAUUUGUUAAUCGUCCUGGCUCCUUGUCAGAAUUACUUGAUGAGACUAAUGUGAAACUUUUGGUUGGUCAAACAAUUUCCGGUUCACGUAAUAUUCAAGAGUUUCAAUUUCGAAUAUAUGAACCAUCACUUACAGGAUAUCAUGCUACUCUAAGUGGUCAUGCUGGCUUAAUUCCUUGUGGAUUAAGUUGUACAAAACCUCUGAAUUCGAAUAAUGAUGAUACAUUACUUAUCAGUGUAGCUGGUCAAAAUUGUGAUUCUAAAACAAUUGGCUGUGACAUUCGACUGUGGAAUUUACCUUUAUCGAAUAGUUCUUUAUCAUGUAAACCAACUCUUCAACAUACUGGACCAGUUAUAUGUGCUGAUUAUCUGUAUGUGACAAAGAAUUUACAACUUUGUAUAACUGGUUCAGUUGAUGGUGACUGUAUUAUUUGGGCUGCUCGCGGUUCAUCAACUUCUCAAUCAAUCAAAACUAUAACUACUGCUACCACUACAUAUCAACCAUUGAUACGUUUAACUAAUUCAUAUAUGAAACCAAGAUACAGUAUAAAUAGUAUUGUUACACAAUCAUGGACAAUGAAUAAUGAAGAAAAUAAAAUAGAUUAUUUCAUUUUUAUUGCUUUCGGUUAUGAGAUUUUAAUAUUGCACAUACACCUUAAUCAUGAUAUUUUAAUUAAUAAAACUGAUUUGGAAAAUAGUUUAUUAGAGCUAUUUUCAAAUGGAAAACAAUUGGAUAUAAAUAUUGUUGAAUUAAAUGCAUUAUGGUCAAUUAAAACAAUUGAUGGUUAUGCUGAAAUACAAAGAUUUAAAACAGACCAUAUCGUUGUCGAAAUGUCUGCUUUACAUCAUGAACCAGUUAGUAUGAAUCAGUGUGGUGUUGUAGCACUUUUGUCCAAUGGUGAAAUUGUCAUUAUUCCAUUUAAACGUACAGACGAUGAACUCAUUCACCUUCGUGUUCGAGAUAAUCAUUGGUGCAGUUCAUUAUGUACAUAUCAGGAUGGUAUACUUGUAGCACAUAAUGGAUCAGCUUUAUUUCAUCCAUUUGAUGAUCAUAGUGCAAAUGUAUUCACACCACUUCGUGGAUCUAUCAAUAAUUUGGAAAAUAUCUAUAUUGACAGAAUUGAACCACUUUGUUUACCUAACGGAAAUAGUUUCAAGUUAUUUUAUAUUGUAACAAGCAAAUUAAAAUCUGAACCACGGAUUAUCUUCUUUAAUAGUGAUGAGCAUAUGCUAUUGAAUAUUUCGCUGGAAGGAAUGGAUUUACAAGUCACUGCUUAUUGUAUCACUUCAACUCAUCUUGAUAGUGAAAAUUUAAUAGUCUAUUUAUUGUUGGCAACGUCGGAUAGCUUUCUACGUUUGUUGAAAUGUUCUAUCAAUGUUUGUAAUAAAUCGAAAUUAAGCAAAUGGGAACAGAUCAAAAUUUAUCCAAGUGGCGAGCAUAUUACGAAAUUGGUCACUUUCGAUAAAGAUCCUGUAAGGAUUAUGUGCUGCCUUCAGAAUGGUCAGAUUGAUCUUUACACAAUAGAACAGUAA